AUGCUUUCUUUUUCUCUUUCUUUUUCUUCAUCCUUCUCUACCUCUCUCUCUCUCUCUCUCUCUCUCUCUCUCUCUCUCUCUCUCUCUCUCUCUCUUUCAGAUUUCUACCUCUCUUUCUUUCCCAGAAACACAGGAAACAUCCUGGGUGGUCUCCUCUCGUCCCCUUCUCCUUCAACCCCACCUUUUAGUGAAACUGCAACUUUACCCCUCCCAACCACGACACCAUCUUACUACAGAUGUGUUACUCCGACAGAUGUUUACAUUACCAAAUCGCGAGUUCGCCAAGUUCCGUGCGCUCGGUUUGCCUUGGACCACCAUCCCGACGUUGUCUUUUACGCCUUCUUUUGUCUGAGGCGAGAAAAUAGACCGCAAGUGUUGUCUCUUCUUUCUUGCAAAGGGUGGUGGAUAACCGAGAAGGACAAUAACAAAGGAGAAGGAAGGCCUUUUACCUCCGGUCGUUUGCGGAGAAAAAAGGCUUGUUAUGAAAGGAAACAAUUAACAGUGCAAUUCUGCCGUAACUAUCAGUUGCAUCAUCUGAUGUGA